GGUUAAAAACCCGAACGCAGACCCCAAAAAUCCCUUCCCUCCUAUACAGAGAUUUCCUUAUCGUUUCUUUUUCACCCCUAUAAAUUCGUCUCUUCUUCUCCCGCGGUUUAGUUAACCUUCCGCUCAAUCUAUUCCGAUCGCCUCGCUCUUACUCGAAGUAAGCGUGUUCAUCUAAACUCUACUCACCGAAUCCCUGUUUUUUUGUUAUUCUGCGUUCUCCUAUGGAUCUAGGGUUUGUUUUGCUGUUGCUGAUCUCGCAGUUGUGAUUAGGGCGGUGUGUUACUUUAGUUGUUUGUGGCUUUGGGGCUCUGCAAUGGGGAAGGAUGGGGAUUAUUCCGAGGGGGCUAAGGUUUACGAGUCGAAGAAAGAGAAGAAGCGGCGGCUAGCGAUGAAAAACGACGCGGAAUCGGAGGAAUUGGUGAUUGCUCCGCGAGUGGAGAUCUUUCAAGCUGGGAAUGGUGCUGCCAGUGGGAAGCGGAAUAUAGUGCUGGAGAAGGGUGGUGCUAGACAGAAGAGUUUGAUAGGAGGAGAUGUGCUCAAGAGGAAGUUAGGUGGUGAGGGAAGUAAAGGAAAAGUUCUGGAGCCGAGGGCAGAUAGGAAGAGUAGGGAGAUUGGUGUUGCUCAACCUGACGGUGAGGAUAUAGAAUCGGAGCCUGUGGAUUCCGUGGGGAACCAAGCAGAUACUACUGUAGGGAAGAGCUUGGUAUCUCUGAACGAUAGCUAUGAGAUUACAGGCAGUGCCAAGGAAAAGGUUUUUGAAUCGAAGUUCUACAGGAAGAGGAGUAUGGGUACAGGUGAUGAUGAAUUUAGCAGGAAGAGAGCAAAAGCCGAAAAUAUGGAUUCUGUUGACAACCAAAGUGAGAAGUCUGGAGAAGACAAUAAGAUUAUGGGCGACAGCAAGGGUGAUGUUCAGGUUUCCAAUCUGUCUGUCCCAAGGGUCAAACAUGGGGAUGAGGACAGCUCAAGUGAGAGAAAGUUUCAGCUGAGUCCGAGAACAAGUAGCAAGUCAGAUGCUGUUCCAUGGUUAAGACGAUCUGGUCAGAGAGAACCCCGAAAGGUGAAGGAUGGCAGAUCUUCUGACGUUGGCAUGAAAAAGGAGGUGGGGGAUGGUGGAAGUUCACAGCACAGCUACAUUAGGAUGCAUGGAAAAAGUGGCGUUUUGAGGGUUUUAAAGAGCAGUAAGAAUGUUGCUGGCUCUGAAAAUGCCACUGAUCAAUGUGAGGAACAAGGAAACACGAUGAGACUGAGAUCUUUCGGCACGAACAGGUUGAGUUCGUCAAACCAUCAGUUAGAGAGACAAGUUGACAAGAAAUCAAUCUCUAAUGUCAAGCUGCGGAAGAGUGCAGGAAGAGUUUCUUCAGAAGAUACAAGCAGAUCCAAUGUUUCCAAAGUAAAUCAGGAAAAUAUAUCUCAAAUGAAAAGCUCAAUGAACACAGAUUUGUUGCAUGGCAAAAAAUCUGGCUUGGCAGCCAAAAAAACGAAAAAUACCGAUGAGUCAAAUGGAAGUCGCAGUGCAGUUAAAAACAAACUACGGGAGCAGAUAAAAGGCAUUCUUUUCGAUGCUGGCUGGACGAUUGAACUUAGGCCUAGGAGAGGCAGAAACUAUGAGGAUUCUGUCUAUGUUUCACCUAAAGGCUCAGGUUAUUGGUCAAUCACCAAAGCCUAUGCGGUAUACCUGAGCGAAUUUAAAAGCGCUUGUGAUGAUAAGGAAAGUUCUGAAAAAGAACCUAAAGCUUCUUCUUUGAGGGAUGGCGAGUGCAAAGAGGCAAAUUCUACAUUUGCUGUCAUACCCCCAGAGGUAUUACACGUGCUUAAAAGGAAUGUAGUUAAUAAAAGAAGGCGUAAAAAUGAAAUGGAAGAUGCUAAACAGAAGAUUGGAGGGGGAAAGAGAAAAAAAAAGGCGAAGGUAAUCACCAAAGCUAAAUACUCUAAAGAUAAAGGAACGUGGAAUGAUGUAGGGAGAACAAGAGUUAUAAAGAGGAAAGUAAUAGUAAGAAAUAGUAAGAGAAGAGGUUGUGCUCUUUUGGUUCGUGGCUUUAACCAAGAUGAAGGAUCAGAAAAUGGUGAUUAUGCCCCAUAUGUUUGGAAAAGAACAAUUCUUUCAUGGAUGAUAGAUUUGGGAGUGGUACCCGCUUUUGGAAAAGUGAGGUAUAUGAACAAGAGGAUGUCAAAGGCAUUGCUGGAUGGACGGAUUACAAGAGAUGGUAUUCAGUGCAACUGCUGUAGUAAAGUUCUUACGGUAUCAAAAUUUGAGAUUCAUGCUGGCAGUAGGCUGCAACGGCCAUAUGAGAAUGUAUGUCUGGAAGGGUCGGGUAUAUCCCUGUUGCAGUGUCAAAUAAAUGCAUGGGAAAAGCAGGAGGAGUCUACACGACGCAUUUUCUAUGAUGUAGACACUGAUGGGGAUGACCCAAAUGAUGAUACGUGCGGCAUCUGUGGAGAUGGUGGCGAUCUGAUCUGCUGUGAUAGCUGUCCUUCAACUUUCCAUCUCGCUUGUUUAGGCAUUGAGAUGCUUCCCACUGGAGAUUGGCACUGUACCAACUGUUCUUGCAAAUUUUGCGGUGCAGCACAUGAUUCUGUAGCUCUAGACGGAAAUGUAUCUAAUACAUUAUUUACUUGCUCGCAAUGUGCACGGAAAUUUCACAAGGAUUGUGUUCCCGAGGAUGAUGUUGUUUCUACUGUUCCCAAUAGCUCCUGCAAUGUGUUUUGUGGGCGAAGUUGUAGAAAGGUGUUCAGGAAGUUGCAGAAGCUUACUGGGGUCAGGAAUGAGUUGGAGCCAGGAUUUUACUGGAGCAUAGUUCGCCGGUUUGAAGACCAUUCCAAGUCUUUGUCUAGAAUGGCUCAAACAGUGGAAAACAACUCUAAGAUUGCUGUUGCAUAUGCUGUUAUGGAUGAGUGCUUUGUCCCUAUAACUGACCAGAGAAGUGGUAUUAAUCUGAUUCACAAUGUUGUGUAUAACUGCGGAUCAAAUUUCAAUCGGCUGAACUUCAGUGGCUUUUAUACUUUUAUUUUGGAGCGAGGUGAUGAAAUUGUUGCUGCUGCAUCUGUCAGGAUACACGAUACAAGGCUGGCAGAAAUGCCUUUCAUUGGCACAAGGUGUAUGUAUAGGCGUCAAGGAAUGUGUCGAAGACUUCUUGAAGGAAUUGAAUAUGCGCUUCGUUCUCUUUCUAUUAGAAAAUUGAUAAUACCUGCAAUAUCUGAGCUAACGGAGACGUGGACUGCUGUUUUUGGCUUUAAGCCACUUGACAUUUCGCAAAACCAAGAAUUAAAAUCUGUAAACAUGCUGGUUUUCCCUGGCACUGGUCUGCUACAGAAGUCUUUGCUAAAUGACUCAACUGAGAAGCUUACAAAUCCCGAACUAGAAAACAAAUCUGAAACCCAGAUCUUAGUCGAAGCAGGCAAAAACAAUUUGCCUGAUGAGGCCAUGGAUAGCAAAGAAUCAAACUGCGAUGCAGAAGCCAUAAAACCUGACAUACCUGUUUUGGAGAACCCUACUUCUAAUCUACCACCAGAAGAAUCAGGAUGCCAUGGACAGUUUUGCAGAUCUACAGAUAGCGUUGCAGAUGCUGAAUCAAAUGAUUUAAAAAGUGUAGUUUCCUGCGAUAAUCAUGUUGAAAAUGAUGUAUCUUUGAGAAAUUGUUCAAAUGAGGUAGUUCCAUGUAAUGACGAACUUAAAAAAGAGCCUGAGGACGUGAUGCCUCCUGCUCAACCUUCUUUUCCCCACGCUGCUUCUGAGUUUCUGGACGGAAAUUUUGGAUCCGAAGCUUCAGAUCUUAAACCUCCACAAAAUCAUUCUUAUUCUGAAUUACUUGUUACAGAUGUAGUUGAAAACUGUAAUUCUGAGGAAGAUGAACCAAAACUUGAAGAUAGACCUCCUUGUAAUGGGAUAGCGCAUGAUUCUAAUGCAAAACAAGGUGAAUUUAUUGAAGCAGACGUAGAUAGAUCGCAUGAAAUUAAUCAAGUGAAUUUAACGUGUGAUGCAAAUGGAGGACUGAAUUCAAAUGUAAAUCAAGACAGUAUUGAGGUGUCCAUUGAUGGUGUAAAACAUUUGAAUAUUUCUUCUGGGAAUGGCAGUUAUCCAUCUUCUGGAGUUUGUGAAAAUGGUUCAGUGCCUAAUACUGAACCUUAUUGUUUAGCUUCUAACGAGAGCACUUCUCAGGAGAAAUCUGACUUACUUGAUCAGUUGACAGUUAAUGAUUCUACUAAAAGCCCUGUUCGCACAAAUUCAACUGCGGACGAUUUACCGAGCAAACUCAAAGAAUCAACUCCUGAAAUAAAUCAGCAAUUUUCAGCUGCUGAUGAAGUUAGUGAUGAUUGCCAUGUAAGCAUUGUGGAAAAUGAUGCAGAUAUUGACGAAUCAACUAUUAAUCAAUCAUCGAAGAUGGUGAAGUAGUCCAAGUAGAUGCUUUGAAUUUUGUAGAGGCUCGUUACAGUUGUUUUAAAUAGAGCUGGUUCUCAGUCAUUCUGCCAACUCUUGAAAUAGUGCAGUGAUAUACAGAUCUCCUACUGGCCGAGCUUCCAGGCUUCAAGCAGGUAUUUAUGGACCAUGAACUAAAUGCAUCAAUCGGUAUGCAUGCCAUUCAUAUUUCUACUUUGUCUUAGUAGCAUUCGUAAUUUUCACAGUAUCUGCUAGUUUUGCCCCAACUAAUUUGAAUGGGGACUUAUGCAUAUCAACAAUGACCAAAAUUCUUUUGAGAAUCCUGUGAAAAACCUGUUUUUGACUAAUAUGAAUUUGCAUGACUAUGCCAAAGAAAGCUAAGUGAAAGAGUCAUUACUGAAGAAUGUAAUUUGUAUGUUCAUAUCAUACUUAAUGUUAUGCAGCUGUAAUUAGGAAGCUAGUUUUCUACUUUUGCUAAAUAAGGUUUUGUUCAGGACGGCUUUCUUACUGUUUCUUCAAAUAGCUUUUUUAAUAAAAAAUUAAAUUUUACUAA